UACAGCACCUCUUGGAGGUUCUUCCUCCAGAAAUCCCACCUGGAAAAUGUACUACAUCAUCACAGAAAGUCUUUGCAUGGAAAGUGUCGCCUGUUACUGUGACAGUGAAAUGGAAGUUGAAGAUGCAGAGAGCUGUGGCACAUACCCGCUUAUGCUGCCUGGCGGGAUUGACAUUCGAACACGGCUGCAGCAGUUCGUAGAGGAGAGGAUGCAGACCACCAUGCUGACUGGCAUGGUGAUCGGGGCAGCAGUGGCCGUGUUCCUCAUCGGCAUCGUGGUGCUGUUCCUCUACAGGAAAUACAAGCUGUCUGGGCAGCAGCAGGCUGGCGUUCCUCGAUAUCGCUUCCGGAAGAGGGAUAAGGUGCUGUUUUACGGCCGAAAGAUCAUGAGGAAGGUGCAGACUCUCUCUUCCACGCCCUCGUCCACCUCUUUAUCCCGCCAGCGUUCCCGGAAGAGACCCAAAGUCCUCACCAUAGCUCGCAAGAUCCUACGGAUCCGAAAGGAGCCCCCCACCCUGCAGCCGAAGGAGCCGCCCCCCUCGCUGCUGGAGGCCGACCUGACCGAGUUUGACGUGCAGAACUCCCACCUCCCGUCCGAGGUGCUCUACAUGCUGAAGAACGUCAGGGUGCUGGGCCACUUUGAGAAGCCGCUCUUCCUGGAACUGUGUCGUCACAUGGUCUCCAUAGAGCUGCAGGAGGGCGAGGGCCUCUUUCGGCCCGGGGACCAGGACGACAGCAUAUACGUGGUGCAGGACGGCCGCCUGGAGCUGUGCGUGCUUGACAGUGACGGUACGGAGGCGGUGGUGAAGGAAGUGUUGCCAGGAGACAGCGUACACAGCCUUCUCAGCAUCCUGGACGUCAUCACCGGCUACCCGGCUCCCUAUAAGACUGUGUCAGCACGGGCAGCCGCCCGUUCCGCCGUCCUGCGUCUCCCAGCAUCUGCUUUUCAGUCCGUCUUUAGGAAGUACCCGGAGACGCUUGUCCGAGUCAUCCAGAUCAUCAUGGUACGCCUGCAGAGGGUUACCUUCCUGGCUCUGCACAACUACCUGGGUCUGACCACGGAGCUCUUCAGCCCGGAAAACCAAGCCGUACCCCUGGUGUCAGUGGCCAGCGUCAUCGCCGAGGGCAGCCCGGGCAGGACCAUCCGCCGGCUGCACUCCCUCCCUGCCACCGACGACGAGGCUGCCCAGGCGGAAGCAGACACGGGAAAACACGGCGCGUCGGAGAGCUCCCCAGUUCCCCAGCGGAAGGCCCGCUCCGUCUCCAUGCCGAUUGAUUAUUCCGCAGGGGUGGCUGGAAAGGACCUCGACAUGGCUUGUGAGCGUGCCAGGGUCACCAUCGAUGACCCGCCCUCCAGCCCUGUCAUCCAGAAGUCGAUCUUGAAGAAAAGCGUGACCAUGCAGCAGACGCCCUCUGCUGUGUUCCACUACACGGACAGUGGGGGGCGCUCUGACGAAGUCCACCCUAGUAAAGUUAACACGAUCUUCCAGGCGGCCAAGAAGGACCUGCUGGGCAUUAUCCAGCUAAAGGACCCCAGCCUGCUAGAGGGCAGAGUGACGCUGCACCAGGUCAAAGCCGGAUCCGUGGUGGCCCAGCAGGGUGAUCAGGAUGUGAGCGUGCAGUUCGUGAUCUCGGGCCUGCUGCACGUGUACCAGCGCAUGAUUGACCGCGAGGAGGACACGUGCCUGUUCCACACGCACCCUGGCGAGCUGGUAGGCCAGCUAGCCGUGCUGACGGGCGAGCCGCUCAUCUUCACGGUGCGCGCCCACCGCGACUGCAGCUUUCUCUCCAUCUCCAAGAUCCACUUCUACGAGAUCAUGCGUGCGGAGCCCAGCGUGGUGCUGAACGUGGCUCACACGGUGGUGCGCCGGAUGUCCCCCUUCGUGCGGCAGAUCGACUUCGCCCUUGACUGGAUGGCCGUGGAAGCUGGCAGGGCCGUCUACAGGCAGGGGGACAAGUCGGACAGCACCUUCAUCGUCCUGAGUGGCCGGCUGCGCUCCGUCAUCCUCAAGGAGGACGGCAAGAAGGAACUGACGGGGGAGUACGGUCGGGGCGACCUCAUCGGAGUGGUGGAGGCUCUGACCCACCAGAACCGGGCCACCACAGUGCACGCGGUCCGGGACUCGGAGCUGGCCAAGCUUCCGGAAGGUGCCCUCAGCUCCAUUAAGAGGAGGUACCCGCAGGUGGUGACCAGAUUGAUCCAUCUGCUCGGGCAGAAGAUUUUACAGCAGGUUAACGGUCCCCUGACAGCCCGCAGCCUCACCCUCCACACCCCAGGGAGUAAGUGGGACACGGGAAACCCCGCCUCCAACCUGUCCACCGUCUCCAUCCUGCCUGUUUCUGAUGAGGUUCCCCUGACCGCCUUCGCCCUGGAGCUGCAGCACGCGCUCAGCGCCAUCGGACCCACCCUGCUCCUGACCAGUGACAUCAUCAAACAGCGCCUGGGAGCCGCAGCACUAGACAAUGUGCACGAGUACCGCCUGUCCAGCUGGCUGGGUCAGCAGGAGGAUAUCCAUCGCAUCGUGCUCUACCAAUCAGACAGCUCCCUCACACCCUGGACCCAGCGCUGCAUCCGGCAGGCCGACAGCAUCAUUAUCGUAGGCCUUGGCGAGCAGGAUCCCACCGUGGGGGAGCUGGAGCGCAUGCUAGAGGGAAGUGCGGUGAGAGCCCAAAAGCAGCUGGUCUUGCUGCACCGCGAGGAUGGGCCGCCCCCCCAGGGCACCGUGGACUGGCUGAACAUGCGCAGCUGGAUCUCCAGGCACCUGCACCUGUCCUGCCCCCGCAGGGUGUUCACCAAGAGGAGCCUGCCCAAACUGAGGGAGAUGUACCAGCGUGUCUUCCAGAAGCCCCCGAACCGCCACUCAGACUUCUCCCGGUUGGCUCGAGUCCUGACAGGGAACGCCAUUGCCCUGGUGCUGGGGGGAGGCGGGGCCAGGGGCUGCUCCCAGGUGGGCGUAAUCCGUGCUCUGAAAGAGGCUGGGAUCCCCAUUGAUCUUUUGGGUGGCACUUCCAUUGGCUCCCUGAUGGGGGCGCUCUAUGCAGAAGACCGUAGCUACAGUCGCAUGAGGGUCCGGGCACGGGAAUGGGCGAUGGAAAUGACCUCAGUCUUCAAAAAGGUUCUGGACCUCACCUACCCUGUCACCUCUAUGUUCUCUGGGGCUUCCUUCAACUCCGGCAUCUCAAACGUCUUCCAGAGCAAGCAGAUCGAGGACCUGUGGAUCCCCUACUUCAACAUCACCACGGACAUCUCGGCCUCCACCAUGAGGGUGCACACUGAUGGCUCCCUGUGGCGUUAUGUACGCGCCAGCAUGUCCCUUUCCGGCUACCUGCCUCCCCUUUGCGACCCAAAGGACGGGCACCUGCUCAUGGACGGGGGUUAUAUCAACAACCUGCCAGCGGAUGUGGCGCGGUCCAUGGGCGCCAAGGUGGUGAUCGCCAUCGACGUGGGCAGCCAGGACGAGACACACCUCACCAACUAUGGUGACUCCCUGUCAGGCUGGUGGCUUCUUUGGAAACGUUUCAACCCGCUAGCCAAGAAAGUGAAGGUGCUGAACAUGGCGGAGAUCCAGACGCGGCUGGCCUACGUGUGCUGUGUGCGGCAUCUGGAGGUGGUGAAGAACAGCGAUUACUGCGAGUACAUCCGGCCUCCCAUCGACCGCUACCGAACGCUGGAGUUCGGCAAGUUCGACGAGAUCGCCGAGGUGGGCUACCAGCACGGCAAGACCGUGUUUGACGUGUGGUGCCGCAGCGGCGUGGUGGAGAAGAUGCUGAAGGACCGGCACCAGGAGGAUUUCCGCAACACCAAGAGCAACAACGUGGUAACAUGUCCCAACGCCUCCUUCACUGACCUGGCGGAGAUCGUGUCCCGUAUUGAGCCAGUGAAGCAGGUCGUCGUAGAUGAAGAGUCAGAUUACCAGACUGACUAUGAGGAAGAGGCAGUGGAGAGUGCCCUCUCUGAUACAGAGCUGGCCAAUCACCACAGCAAGCACACAGAGGGGGAGGAGACCAUAGACUCAGAUGAUGAACCGGAAAUUCGACAGAGACGGAGGCCUAUCUAGUCCACAAGAAACCUCACCCUACCGGCCUCACCUGUUGGCCACUGCCCGGACGGAAGAGAAAGCAAAGCCACAAAUUUCACCUUGGGGCGGCCCAUAGCUGAGAACCUUAUGGCAUAGGCCAGACUCGAACCUUCUCUUGCAGGUCUUCCUCUGUGUUUUUUUUUCUGUGAUGAUUGUCAUGUUAUUUCAUCCAUCAUAAUAUAUUUCAUAGCUAGCGAAGCGGAACAUGAAUGUUGAUUCCUCCAAGGAAUUGUGGCUGUCCGGAUGUGGACCAUCUUACCCAAAAAACAAAAAAAAAAAAGCAACCUUCCAAAUGUGGUCUCCGCUGCAGAUUUCCGUUGCGAGGUUGGUCCGCUGACACCCCGCCAUCUGCUCUGAGUUUGUCAGGGACACGGCGGCACGCUGGACGCGUGUGAGGUUUGGAAAGCAGAGUUACAUACUCCAGUGUCUUUUGCAUACAUUUUAUCUUCAUUCUUCACGUGGUGCGUCAAUCUUACCUGAAGCCAAGAAGCUCUCCUAAAUGAAGUGCUUGUUUGUGUUUUUUUUAUAUGUUAAGCCUAUCAAUGCAAGACCUUUUUUACAUUUGUUUUUUGUAAAUGAAAUUCAUUGGUGCCUUUGGCCAGGACAAUUUGGACCCAAACUCUGCUUUUAACAGUACUAAUACCAUUGUUGGUGCACCUGUGCCUCUCCGACAUCUCUGAUCACCUCUUAUGCAGCGAGACGACAUUUCUGCUCAGCCCCCAAGUGUAUUAGUGUCGGGGAGACUGACUAUUCUGGUCCCUAUUAUCCCUCUUGGAGAUUAAGUGUUGUCUCGAACUUUGAGUCUUCCACACGUCUUCUCAGAACACUGCCUCCGGCUGGGUUUGUUAUUUGUGACAGUGCUGUCACUCUUCGUGCUACCUGUUCAUGUUUGUAUUAAUGUCAGUUUUAACACUGGCAGACCUCUACCUUCAAAAAGCAGUACAUUGCUGUUUUUGUUUUAUUUGAAGACUUCUACAGGUAAGGAAAUAUUAUCUCCAUCCUUAAAUCUGUUUACAGGGCGAACUUACACAGGAAUGUGUAGGAGCAUUUCAAAGCGUGUCAACUGCUCAAUUAUCUAUUACCGCACGGCUCAGAAGGAGCAGCUGAAUGUGUCAUUGGGUUUUAUGUUGAUUUGGGGAGAGGACUGUGAAUCUUCUUGAGUAAAUAAUAAGCUGCUGUUUGAGGAACAUUUGCCAGAAAAAAUCCACAGUAUUACUGUGAGUAUGAAUAACUAAUAAUAAUAACAAAAAUAACCAAUAAACUACAUAUUUUUUGGGAA